UAGCAUACUUUCCUUAUUUUGACGCCACAUAUCUCGGAAAACCUACCAACGUUAUUGUAGCCGACGACUCAUACACGGAAAGACAACGAAGACGUAUUUGUCGUCACAUGGGCUACUGGGAAAUAAUGGAAAACACAUCAAAUAAUCACUCCAAAGUAGUCCCUGAAGUUAAGGAAGACUGCUCAAUUUGCUUGGACAAGAUUCAAGAGAUGAAAUCCUUGAAGUGCCGCCACUCUUUUUGCUCAGAAUGUAUCGACUCGCUUUUCAAGUUGAAGCCUGCUUGUCCAAUAUGCAACACUUACUACGGAGAGUACACGGGAACCCAGCCGGAAGGCACAAUGACGGUGUCCCGCAGCUGGCAGCGCUUACCUGGCUUUGAAGACUGUGGGACAAUUGUCAUACAGUACAGCUUCCCAGCAGGGAUUCAAGGGCCUGAGCAUCCAAACCCUGGAGUGAGAUACAGCAGGACCUCGCGUACAGCCUUCCUGCCAGCCUGUGAGGAGGGUGAGAAAGUCCUGAGACUGCUGAGGAAAGCCUUCGACAGGAGACUGACCUUCACCGUUGGACAAUCUGUAACCACUGGCCUCAACAACGUCAUCACCUGGAAUGACAUUCACCACAAGACCAACAUGGAAGGUGGUCCACAAUGUUUUGGAUAUCCAGACCCAAAAUAUUUGUUCAGGGUUCAAGAGGAGCUUCGUCUAAAAGGAGUGACCGAGGACGACUGAUGGAUGAAGACAGUCGCAGCACUUCUUCAAAUACUUGAAGUAUUGCCUUGUUUUUUAGAAUUAAGUUUCUGAUUUAAUUGUUGCACUUUUUCUAACUUCAAGUAUGGAGUUUAAGUAUUUGCACUUUUUAGAGUUAUGGAAUUAUUUUUAUUGAGACAUGAACGUUUUUUUCAACUGUCAUCUGACAACGUAAAAAAAAGAUAUAAUACACAUAAUGCAAUUUCUUAUAGAAAGAAAGAUUAUGCUACAGUAGGUUAGUGAAAGGGGUUUUACUUCUGAUCGUCAUGUUAACCAGAUAUCAUCUU